AUGGCCAAUGCCUCCAACGCCACCGUGGUCAACCUUGGGGUUGUUCCCCUCCCCGGGUCGAUACACAUCGAGUCGACCUUCGGGGCCAUCUUCUUGGGCGGAUGCCUCAGUGUAAUUUUAUACGGACUUUGCAUGCACCAGACAUAUGGCUACUAUCGUAGUCAAUACUCGGACUCGCCCAUCCUCCGGUUACUGGUCGCUGUUGUUAUACUCCUCGACACGACUCAAGUGGCACUCGUUACGCAUUCGAUAUACUUCUAUUUGGUCAUCAACUACUUCAACCCUGCCGCCCUCUUGAAGGCCGUAUGGUCUUUCGACCUCGUUCCUGCAUUUGCGGCUAUGAUCACAAUCACGUCGCAAAGUUUUUUCCUCACACGUGUAGCAUUAUUGGGUUUCAAAUUCAAGAUCGCGGCAGUGGUCUCGGCGGCGCUAUUAGUCGUCAAGCUGGUUUGUGGCUUGAUUUUUGCCGUCAAAGGAUUUCAGACAAGUUCUAUCGAGUUCUUCAGUUCGAACCUUCUUUUGUUCGACAUCGCACUAGGUAGUGCCUCACUAGCCAACUUCAUCAUAACCGGCUGCCUUUUGAUCGCUCUGCGAAGAGCGAAUAAUGGCCAGCACAAGGGCGACUCCGUCAACGCAUGGAUCGUAGUCAAUAUCGUCAACACGGGGGGAUUCAUUCUCGUUGGAGACCUUCUGGCGUUUUUGUUGGCUCUCACGAAGAAGGACACGAUGUACUGGGCCAUGGUCUAUAUGACGACCUCUCAUCUGGACAUCGCGACUCUUCUCAGUGUCCUGAACUCGCGCAAGCUGUCGCAGCACAACAACAUGUACCUCCUCAACCCUGGCGAGUUCGCGCGCGGCGGGAUGUCGUUCGCCGCGGCGGAGCGCCUCGCGACCGCCGAGCGCUUCAACGUGCCCCAGGUCGGCGACGCCGUCCUCCAGCCGUCGAUCGUCGACAUCAAGGUCACGACCGAGGUCGAGGGCGACCACCCCCGUGCCGGCGCCGGCGCGCCCGGCAAGGGGCGCAUGAUGAGCCCCGUCUGA